CCGGCAGUUCCCUUUCAAACCCCACGGCUCCACAACCCUAGUACAGGCGUGAUCCAUGGACACCGCGGCGGUGCCCGUGAAGCUCACGGAGGAGCAGCGCCGCCGCAUCGAGGCCAAUCGAAUCGCCGCCCUCGAGAGGCUCAAGCGCUCCUCCGCCGCCGCCGGCAAUACCCUUGACGCCGCCUCGUUCAGGCUCGCCAAAUGCCCAAGAAUCGUCCCCCCUCUGCCCCCGCGCACGCCGCCGCGGCCGCUUCCGCCGCCUAGGCCUCCGACGGGGUUCCAGGCGGUGCUGGAGAUUUGCAGCCCCGACGAGUUCCAGGUCACGGUGGGCCCAGCGGAGGGCAAGGCUUUCCCCGGGGAGGCCGACUGCCUCCGCGCCGUCGAGGAAUGCGUCGCUUCGGCUGUACCAUUCUCUACAACACAAAGUCAAAGCGGUCAUGUUUCUUCUGUCUUUAAGCUCAUGCACUAUGAGCUGGUGUUACAAUGCUUGAAGAAGUUGCCUGGAAUUGUUGUGCAAGGAAUAGCUUAUAAAACAAGACGCACUGUUCAAAAUUAUGCUACAGAGUGUGCUUCUGAUAAAGAAGUGGACGAGCUUCUCACAAAGCUGCCACAACACUUACGAGAUGCGCUACUACCCUUUCAACUUGAAGGUGUGAAAUUUGGGCUUCGAAGGCGUGGGCGCUGCCUUAUUGCAGAUGAGAUGGGGCUUGGCAAAACUCUCCAGGCAAUUGCAAUAGCUUGUUGCUUCAAGGAUGAGGGCUCUAUAUUAAUAGUCUGUCCAGCUGUUCUGCGUUAUACCUGGGCAGAGGAACUGGAACGCUGGGAUCCUUCGUUUCUGCCAAAAGAUAUUCACCUUGUGUUUGGCCGUCAAGACAGUCUUGAUUAUUUAGAUGCUUGUCCGAAGGUUGUUAUUAUUUCAUACAAGAUGUUAAGCCACCUUCGGAAAAGUAUGAUGACCAGGAGAUGGGCACUGAUGAUCAUUGAUGAAUCCCACAACAUACGCUGCACAAAGAUGAAACAAGAAAAUAACCAGACAAACGCUAUACUGGAACUAGCUCACAGUAUCAACCACAUCGUGUUGCUUUCUGGGACGCCCUCUUUGUCAAGACCUUUUGACAUCUAUCACCAGAUAAAUAUGUUACGUCCCAAUUUGCUUGGACAUGAUAAAUUUGAGUUUGCAAGGACAUACUGUUCACUUCAUGUUGCUCAAAGAUCUCACGGUAAAACCUAUCAGGACUUUUCAAAGGGUGCUCGGUUGACGGAGUUAAAUGUUUUGCUCAGUCAGACUCUCAUGAUCAGGCGCUUGAAGGAGCAUUUGUUGAAUGAACUGCCCCCCAAGCGCCGACAGAUUAUUAGGUUGAAGUUGAAGGCAUUGGAUACCAGGACAGCUAAGUCUUCUUGUAUCCAAGGGGUGGACAGUGAUGUAUAUAGUAGUUCUGAUACUCUUACAGUUGCCUCGCCUGAGAAAGGCAAUGACUAUGAAGAAGCGAGAGUGGGAAAAGAUGAUAGUUGCAAGAAAUCUCCAAGGCAUUUCUCCCCCCAGGAAAUUGGCAUUGCAAAAAUACCUGGAUUUAGUAAGUGGUUCUCAAAUCAUUUGAUACAUGAUGAUCUGGACUCCCAGUCAAGUUGCCAGAAAACGAUAAUUUUCGCCCACCACUUGAAGGUUCUAGAUGGAGUGCAGGUUUUUCUCUUUGAAAAGGGGAUCAAGUUUGUUCGCAUUGAUGGCAGCACAUCAUCUAGAGAAAGGAAAGAAGCUGUUGAUUCUUUCCGUCUAAAUCCAGAGGUAAAGGUUGCAAUAAUAGGAAUUACUGCUGGUGGUGUUGGUUUAGACUUCUCGUCUGCUCAAAAUGUUGUUUUCGUGGAGCUCCCAAGAUCAUCUUCAGACUUGCUUCAGGCUGAGGACAGAGCUCAUAGGCGUGGUCAAACCAAUGCUGUCAAUAUAUAUAUAUUCUGUGCAAAGAACACAUCAGAUGAGCCGCAUUGGCUUCACUUGAACCAGAGCCUGUUCCGUGUCUCAUCUGUGGUGAAUGGGAAAAAAGAUGCUAUAAGAGAAAUUGAGGUUGAUCACGUUCACAACUUUGGGGAAAUCAGCAACAGUAAGGAGAGACCACAGCAUGAGUUUCUUCCUUUGGAGAAUCAUGAUGCAGGUCUUCUGGAAAGUGGCACCAUGUCCGUCGACUGUCUUCCUAGCAUCAGCGAUAUGGAGUUUGAGUCAGAUUUCACUAUUAGGACUAUUCCUCUACAGUUUGAGGAUGAAGGGCUUCAUUUCGGCAUGCAAUGUAGUCCAGCUCCAGCAGCUUGCAGUAAUUUUUCUAUUUCACCAGCUUCCUUUGGUUCUUCAGUUACAAGAAGUAAAUCCAGAAAGGCUCGUAGGCGCUUUUUUGAAAAUUCUGAGAUUUUAGGUCUUCCAGGAACCGUUUCAGAUGGCCAUAUUCAAGUGGAAUAUAUGCGUUUUGAGGUUAGCCAUCACACAGGUCGAAUCCACUUGUACAUCUGUGUUCCAGGACAUGAUUCAAGACCCAGACCACUUUUUCAGAAUUUUCUGCCUGAAGAAGUAGAAUCACCUUUAGGGUUUAGUAGUGGCAAGAAAGCAAGUGGGCAGCUCUUGAAGAGUAAUCCAGCAUUUUGCAGUAUGUUCAAGGCAUUUGUAAAAGAAUGGUUAGCACUAAGACCAUUUGAUCAGAGGCAACUGCUGGGAAAGCCAUUACAGCUUCCAUUGAGUCUUGAGCUGUGCUAUCUGAAAAAUAGCAUCAACCACAAUACACAAGGAUUGAUUAAAGGGGGGAGUAAUAGGCGUAUAACUCCAUUGAGUGUUGUUAGUGAUCCAUUGCCCGAAAAUGCUGAAUGGAGAAAGGUGGUUCUACAUAAUGGCACUACUAAAGAGAGAGAGUACACUCAAGGCUGGACUACUGAUGAUGAGCCUCUCUGCAAAUUAUGUCAAAAACCUUGCAACGGGAAUCUUGCAAAAUCACCUGAAUAUUUUGAAGAUCUAUUCUGUGGUCUUGCUUGCUUCCAGCUAUAUAGAUCCAGAACUAGCAGCGGUUACCUGCGGCAGGCACUGUUUCAAAUAGAACAUGGCAUAUGUUCCCAGUGCAAGCUUGACUGUUGCAAACUUGUCAAAUAUAUUAAACCCUUGUGCAAGCGAGACAGAGAAGCACACAUCAGGAAUGUUGCUCCAAAAAUUGCAAGUAGAAGGAAACUGCUAGAAAAGCUUGCCCGAGAGCCAAAAGAUGGAAAUGCUUGGCAUGCAGACCAUAUAGUACCUGUAUAUAAAGGAGGAGGAGAAUGUACGCUUGAGAAUGUGAGGACGCUUUGUGUGGCUUGUCAUGCUGAGGUCACCAAAGCUCAGCAAAAGGAGCUAAAAGAACUAAGAAAGAAGGCAAAAGAGCUGCUGAGAAAUGCCAUUAAUCAGCAGAAGGAUGAUGCAAAGGCAAGUGAAGUGACAGAAGAUGACGACCAAUUUCUGCUGGUUGCAGUCCCUGGCAGUGCCUACUCGUUAGUACCCUAGGCUCCUGAUACGGCCAGCAAAUAGGUUGUUACGCCAAUAGAUCCUACACCUGGAACCUGGUCCAGUUUAACUUCACAAAAUGACAGCCGACAGAUUUUUUUGCAUAUAUGUUGAAUGCGAUACUAUUGUAUGCAUCUGUGUCCGCUCGGCCACGUUGUAUCGGUUUUCGCCUGGUUUUCCGGUAAUUAACUGGGCAAUUCUCUCCUUAAUGGAAUAGGCAAAGCUUUUGCCUUGUUUCAAAAAAGAUACUUCUGUAUUUAUUUUCAUUUGGUUGCAAUCUGAUAACCAUCUUCAGUCAAACUUUUGUUGUCAACUGAAGAAGGUUGACCGAAUUAUGUGAAGAGUCAGGAAGCGACUGUUUUUUCCCUUGUCCCCGAAUGUGAUCAACGUGUUGCUUUGUUAG